AAACGGCAAAUUUUGAAUUCAUCAUGAUGAUAUAGAGGUAAUUCAAUUUAAAAUAAUUGAAAUGGUUUAACCAUGGCUAUUUUUGUAGGCACUUGCAAACUACAACUAGAACCAGAACCCAAACCGAAAAUCGAAUUUCCAUCGAAUGUAUUACUUCUCCUUAUAAAUUAUAGUAUAUCAUCAUCAUUUUUAAAAAGAAAGUCCCCGCCACCACCGACCGCCAGUCUACUCCUUGCUCGAGUGGCGAAGCUCCUCCCUCAGCGUCGCCUCCGCCAGUUCGAUCUUUUGUGGCUUACGCAGUGGAACUCUCAUAAGUCUUGAUAAAAAGAAUAUCAUAAACACGAAAUGGCUGAAUCUGCAAGGGAAGAUAAAAGUAAUAUGCUUCGGAUUUUAAUCGCUACGGAUUGUCAUCUUGGUUAUAUGGAGAAGGAUGAAAUUCGCCGGCACGAUUCAUUUCAGGCAUUUGAAGAGAUUUGCUCAAUUGCUGAGCAGAAACAGGUGGACUUAAUACUUCUUGGCGGCGAUCUUUUUCAUGAGAAUAAGCCUUCAAGGUCAACCCUAGUCAAAGCCAUUGAAAUUCUCCGCCGUCAUUGUCUCAACGAUAGGCCAGUUCAGUUCCAAGUUGUGAGCGACCAGACAGUGAACUUUGCAAAUUCCUUUGGCCAUGUGAACUAUGAAGAUCCCCACUUCAAUGUUGGGUUGCCCGUUUUCAGCAUUCAUGGGAAUCAUGAUGAUCCUGCUGGAGUGGACAAUCUUUCUGCUGUUGAUAUCCUUUCAGCAUGUAAUCUUGUCAACUAUUUUGGAAAAAUGGUACUUGAGGGUUCUGGUGUGGGGCAGAUCACUCUUUAUCCUAUUCUUAUAAAAAAGGGCUCAACAUCUGUAGCUCUUUAUGGCCUUGGAAAUAUCAGAGAUGAACGCCUGAAUCGAAUGUUUCAGACGCCGCAUGCGGUGCAGUGGAUGCGACCUGAAGCCCAGGAAGGCUGUCAAGUUUCAGACUGGUUCAAUAUACUAGUACUUCAUCAAAAUAGAGUGAAGACAAAUCCUAAAAACGCAAUAAAUGAACAUUUCCUGCCUCGAUUUUUGGAUUUUAUCAUCUGGGGGCAUGAGCACGAAUGCCUUGUUGAUCCAAAGGAAGUUCCAGGCAUGGGUUUUCACAUUACUCAACCUGGUUCAUCUGUUGCAACUUCGCUGAUAGAUGGUGAAUCAAAGCCAAAACAUGUGCUGCUGUUAGAGAUCAAGGGGAAUCAGUAUCGUCCAACAAAGAUACCUCUCAACUCUGUGAGGCCUUUUGAGUACACAGAGGUAGUGCUGAAGGAUGAACCUGAUAUAGACCCUAAUGAUCAGAAUUCUAUUCUUGAACACUUGGACAAUGUGGUUAGAAAUUUGAUAGAAAGGGCUAAUCAAAAGGCUAUUAAGAAAUCAGAGCUCAAGCUUCCCUUAGUUCGAGUGAAGGUGGAUUAUUCUGGGUUUAUGACGAUAAAUCCACAGAGGUUUGGGCAAAAGUAUGUGGGGAAGGUUGCAAAUCCUCAGGAUAUUCUUAUAUUUUCCAAAGCAUCUAGAAAAGGUCGCAGUGAAGUAGAUAAAAUUAAUGAUUCUGAAAGGCUACGACCGGAAGAGCUGAAUCAGCAAAAUAUUGAAGCUUUAGUUGCUGAAAGUAAUCUGAAAAUGGAGAUACUCCCAGUCAAUGAUUUGGAUGUUGCGUUGCACAAUUUUGUGAAUAAGGAUGACAAAAUGGCCUUCUAUUCUUGUCUGCAAUACAACCUCGAAGAAACUCGUAAUAAAAUUGCUGGGGAUCCGGAUGUUCAUAAGUUUGAAGAGGAAGACAUUAUUGUCAAAGUUGGAGAGUGCUUAGAGGAACGUGUGAAAGAAAGAGCCUCGAAGACAAAAGAUGGCCAAGAUUUUACAUUCAGUGGCCCGUCCUCACAGAAUGUAAGGACUAGAAGUACUGAAGGAGUUGGAACUGCUGCUUCCUUCAGUGAUGAUGAAGAUGCUACUAUAUUCUCUGGCUCAAAGUCUACCAGAAAGGGCAGGAAAGAGCUGUCACAAUCUUUGAGGUCCACUCAUGAUAUUUCAGAUGCUGGUAAGACUACAGGAAGAGGAAGGGGAAGGGGAAGAGGGAGAGGCAGGGCUUCCAAUACAUUGAAGCAGACCACAUUGGAAGCAAGCAUGGGUUUCCGUCAUUCACAAAGAUCUGCAUCAGUUGCUGCAUCUGCUUCUGUCCGGAGUAUGGCUGAUGAGGUGGAUGAAGUGGACUCAGACUCAAAUGAUGAAACAGCUAAACUUGAUGUUAAUGAUAUUGCUGAUAGCUCGGAUGAUGCUGAAACUCUGGAGGGGAAGGGCAGAAAAAGAGCUGCUCCAAGGGGAAAGGCUAGAGGUUCCACCACCUCCAAAAGGGGAAGAAAAUCAGAUAACCCUUCAUCUUCACUCCAUAGAUUGCUUGCAAGCAGAGAUGAUGAUGACGAGGAUGACGACAUGGGGAAGAAACCUAAUAGAUCUCAACCUCGGGUGACAAGAAAUUAUGGAGCUUUAAGACGGUAGCUAGCCAGCUGCUUCAGACAUCUCUCAUUGGAGGUGAUGCUGUCCAAUUUGGGGUUGCGUGUGGCUCCUCACGGUUCAAUAUUGGGUCAUACGCCUGUAGGAAGAGCUGUACAUGUAUGUUACAAGUUUUUCUGUGAACACCGAUAUCUUGUUAAUGAUGGUUUGCCCCUAUUUAAUAUUGAUAUCCAUUACAAACCAGCUUUACCUCUUGAACGCCAGCAGAUUUUGGAGGCCUUUCUCAUGUGUAUUGCUAUUAUGCAUAAGUUGACUCGAAAAUCAGCCACUGUGGUGAUUCUUUUAUCUUCA